AUGCUGCCAUGGGCAGGGGUGCUGGGCUUCCUCCUGCUGCUCAUCCUCCUGCGUGUCCGGGUUUGGGUUCAGAAAGCAAAAGUUCCCAGCAGCUCUGGGGCCCAGCUGGUCUGCAAGCCCUCUGCGCUGGCUGCCUACCUGGAGAGCCAGUGCCAGGCCUUGAAAGGCCAAUGCGAAGUCAGCUGGCCAUGGAGGGCUCUCCCCUCCCUGCAGACACUAGCCAGCCUGAUGGGGCCCCUGGACAGCAGGGUGCAUUUUGUAAGGACCUAUCUGCAGCUGAGUGAUGAGGGGCUGGUGGCUCUGGACUGGGCAGUGGGGCCAGCACAGCAGGAGAGGAGGCAGACAUCCAGCCCCUGCAGCGCACCUGUCCUGCUGCUUGUCCCCAACUCCUUCGGGAAGGUGACCCGCAACAUCAGCAAGCUAUGUCACGUGGCACUCCUUCAUGGCUACCAUCCUGUUGUCUUUAACCGCCGUGGUCAGAAUGGCUGCCCCCUAAGCACCACCACACUGCAGCCAUAUGGGGAUCCUGCUGACCUGCGAGAAGCCAUCCAGUACAUCCGCUCCCGGUGCCCAGGGGCCCUGCUCUUUGCAGUGGGGGAGAGCACUGGGGCAGGGCUCCUGUUCUCCUACCUGGGAGAAUGUGGUUCCUCUAGCCUCCUGACAGCUGCUGGCUGCAUCUCCCCCAUCUUUGACCCUCGGGGAUGGUUUGAAGCUGGGUGCCCCUGGCUAUGGCAGCAACUCUUGCUCAUGUCCCAGAAGGUGUGGCUCAGCCGGUUUGCCACGGUGCUAGGGGAGGCUUUGCCCCUGGAUCGUUUCUUUGGGGGCCAGUCACUGAGGGAGCUGGAGGAGGUUUUGUUCUGCCAGGCCCAGACCUGGGACUUGUACUGGGAGAGGAACGACCCCCUACGGGAUGUGGACGAGGUGGCAGUACCAGUGCUGUGCAUCUGCAGCCAGGACGACCCCGUGUGUGGGGCCCCCAGGGACACUCUGCCCUUCGAGCUGUUUGAGACAAACCCCUACUUCUUCCUAGUGCUCACCCAGGGAGGUGGACACUGUGGCUUCUUCAAGGAUAGCCUGUGUGGUGCCUUCUGGAGCCAUGAGGUGCUGCUGGAAUUCUUCCACACCACUGUGGAUUUCCUCCUCACAGAGGACAAACUGAAGGGCCAGGCCAAGAAGAGAGGGGCCAGGCCGGUGCCGAAGGUCACCCAGAGCAGAAGUGGCUGCAGGCAGGAGUCCUGCUGCCCCCACAAUAGCCCUGACAUUUACCGCUGGCAGCGCUCCUACACCCGCUGA